UAUUGAUAUUGGUACAACCAUCUUCUCUCCUAAUAAACUCUUCCAACUCCUCUGUUUCUAAUCUAUUCUUUUCCUCCUUCGCGGGCUAAACGCUACUGAAAAUUAAUAAUAAGGUCAAUUAAAAUACAAACACCAUUUCUUCGUUUCCCUUUUAUCCUCCGCUCCCUCUCUCUCCCACCCACUCUCUUGCUUCCCCGCAACCGAAUUUCCUGUCUUCUCCGUUGGAGCUAGUCCAGGCCUCAUACCAUACCACCGUCUUCUUAUUGUUGAAAUUUAAAAAACUCGAGUUUUGAGCGAAUUCAGAGUCGGGUAAGCGGGAUGCUGUGUGGUGGAUGGGUUCUUGGUUUGUCCAAGUUUCAGAUGUAUUGGGCUCAGUUGAGAACCUGAGGAAUGGGUUGUUUCGUCAGCAAGAAGACCACCGCCGAGAAAGAGACUGACGGCGGCCGGACUUGCGUCGGGCCUUCCGCCGACGCAGCUAACCAUGCCGUCAGGGUUGGUAAGGAGUCGGUCGUGGCGGCGGCGACGCACAAGUCCCGGCGUCACUCGGCUGAUGUCUAUGCGGAGAUGGCCCGGCAGUCCCGGGUCGACCGGGGGAUUGCGACCCAGCAAGGUCGGUGGCCGUCGUGGCUAAUGGCGGUGGCCGGUGAAGCCAUCGGUGACUGGACUCCUCGCCGGGCCAACACUUUCGAGAAGCUCGAUAAGAUUGGGCAAGGGACUUACAGCAAUGUGUACAAAGCGAGGGAUCUAUUGACAGGAAAGAUAGUGGCAUUGAAGAAAGUGCGGUUUGAUAACUUGGAGCCCGAGAGUGUGAAAUUUAUGGCGAGAGAGAUUCUUGUUCUCAGGAGAUUGGAUCAUCCGAAUGUGCUUAAGCUUGAAGGUUUGGUUACCUCGAGAAUGUCAUGUAGCUUGUACUUGGUCUUCGAAUACAUGGACCAUGACUUAGCUGGCCUUGCAGCUCGCCAGGGAGUGAUGUUGAUGGGUGUUCAUUUGCCAUGUUUCUUUCGACAGAUAAAAUGCUAUAUGAAGCAGUUGCUAUCAGGGAUUGAACACUGUCACAGACACGGUGUACUACAUCGUGACAUCAAGGGGUCUAAUCUCCUGAUUAACAAUGAGGGUAUACUCAAAAUUGCUGAUUUUGGACUAGCUACAUUCUAUGAUCCUGGAAGCAAGAUUCCCAUGACUAGUCGAGUUGUUACCCUCUGGUAUCGACCUCCGGAGCUUCUUCUAGGAGCAACUUAUUAUGGUGUCGGUGUUGACCUUUGGAGUGCCGGCUGCAUUUUGGCCGAGCUGCUUGCUGGGAAGCCCAUCAUGCCAGGACGAACUGAGGUCGAACAACUGCAUAAGAUAUUCAAGUUAUGUGGCUCGCCAUCUGAGGAAUAUUGGAAGAAGGCAAAAUUACCUAAUGCCACACUUUUUAAGCCUCAACAGCCUUACAAAUGCUGCAUAGUAGAGACUUUCAAGGGUUUCCCACCUUCAUCCAUGCCUUUGAUUCAGACUUUGCUGUCAAUAGACCCUGAUGAACGAGGCACUGCUACUUCUGCUCUCAAUAGUGAAUUUUUUAGCAUAGAACCUGUUGCUUGCGAGCCGUCUAGUUUGCCCGUGUAUCCUCCUAGCAAGGAACUGGAUGUGAAAUUGAGAGAUGAAGAAGCAAGAAGGCAAAGGGGUCUUGGUGGAAAAGCUAAUGGUGCAGAUGGUGCCAGAAAAAUUCGAAAUCGGCCUGGUCGUGCUGUCCCCGCCCCAGAGGCCAAUGCAGAGAUUCCAGCAAACGUAGAUAGAUGGAGGGUUGUGACGCAAGCAAACGCCAAGAGCAAAAGCGAAAAGUUCCCACCUCCACACCAGGAUGGAGAAGUUGGAGGACGCCAUAUGAUGGAUGAUGGGUCCCGAAAGGCCCCUGUUGGAAUGCCUGAAACAUCUUUUAGCUCAUCGGUCUUCACUUCGAACGCAUCAUCAACGUCUACUAAAAGUUUUGGGAGCUCAGGAGGUCCUUCAAGGAGAAGAAACAGCAAGGAUGGUGGUGCCCAGAUAGGUCCAUCGAGGAAGUUCAUUCGUCCGUUUAAUGGUUCGACGCUAGGGCUAUCAAUUGAUUUGUUGUUCAAAGGAAAGUCGGAGAAUUUUGGAAGCCGUAGGUAGGUAUAUAGAUAAACUGGGUCUUCUUUUUUCUUCUUGGCUUUUGCAGUUCUCCCUUCUCAUGGUCAUGGGGGGAUUCCUUAGGGUUAAAUUUACAUCUAUCGGCUUGUCUCUGUUAAUUUGUUCAAUUUGGUUUGUACCCCUAUCUGAUAAGUAUGCUGGUGUUGAAGGUCCAUGAUGAAGAAUGUACAAGCACCGGUUGCGUUUGUGUAUAAAUUGUAACUCUGCGCACUGCUAGUUUCAAGUUGUUAUUUCUGACAAACCAAACACGAUGUCUCAAUUAUUACAAGCUCAAGAUGUUGCUUCCCUAUUUGAACUAGAGUUGACAAUCAAACCCGC